AACCCUAGUUAAAAUGAAGAAGCAGAGAGUAUGUAGGGUUUAAGAUCGCGUUCCGAAACUCUGGCGAAGUUUCUCCAUUAAUUCUUCUUGUGCAUUUCUCCCACACUUUAGAUGUGAAGAUGAAGGAGUUAUCUCAGACCCAGAGUGUUGUUGUCCAUGGGAUUGCUGGUGCUGGUUCAGUGGCUUUAGCCACUGCCUUCACUUAUCCUCUCGACAGCAUCAAAGUCCUCAUUCAGGUUGGUUCCAGCACCGGUAAAGAAUUGGACCCUGCCCAGGCUUUGACGAGACUACUCUCUGUGUCCGGCAAUGCAGGUUUGUUUAAUGGUUUUGGCUGGUUGUUGGCUGGAAGGAUUUUUGGUCUGGGAGCACGAUUUGGGGUUUACGAAAUCCUGACUGCCUUUUAUAAAGAUGGUCGGGAAAAUAAUUAUUUGUUUGCUUCUGAGGCUCUUUUGGCUGGCGUGGUAGCUGGUGCCGUUGAGGCAGUCAUAAGCUCUCCAUUCGAACUCAUCAAGCUUCGUAUGCAAGUUACUGCUGCUUCAUAUGUUCCAAGCUCCAACUUUGCUUUGGAAAAGGGGGCUCGUUCACCUUUAAUUGCAAGAUUACUUCAUGGCCGUUAUCCAGACAAGAGGGCAUUGGACCUAUAUGUUGGUCUCAUCUCCAUCCUAAAAACCAAAAAUACAAACGUGACCAGUGCCUUGCUAGAGUAUCCAUGGACAAUGACAGGAUCUGGGAGGCCACCAUCAGUUUCCAAUGUCAGGAGACCAUCUGACAUUAUAUCUUUGGAAGGAUGGAGGACAUUUUGGAGAGGACUCCGUCCUGGAAUUGUCCGAGAUUCUGUGUUUAGCGGCAUAUUUUUUUCGACCUGGCAAUUUCUGCACCAAGCAAUGCUAGAUUGGAAGGCUGUAGGGAUGGAUCCUCCACCCAGGUUAAAUGAAGAAGUCGGUCCAUUGUCUCCUUUGACUGUUAGUCUUACUGCUGGAUUCUCAGCUUCAGUUGCUGCUGCUGCUUCACAUAGUUUUGAUACUACAAGAAGUAGAUCACAAUGUACUGUGCUGCCAAAGUACAUCUCCAUGGAGAGAAAGAUUCUGAAGUGGAAACGACCAGGAACCAAGUUUGAAAGAAUUACUGGCAUCCAUCCUUCUGACAGAGGUGUCUUGUUCCGUGGUAUUGGUUGGCGAAUGGCUCGCUCUGGGCUGGCAUCAUUCAUUAUUGUAGGAAGUUAUUUAUUUGUUGCUGAUCAGCUUGGUUCUAGUUUGACUUAAUUACCACAUAUUCAUACCCCGAUUUUGGUUAAUAAGUAAUUGUAAUGUUUAAUAUAUUUUUUUCUGGAGAAGUCAUGUAAUUUGGGAUGCUGCUCUGUGCUAGUUAGUAAAGAAAAAUAGAGCGGAGACAGUACUUGAUGUACCCGGAUUGUAGUCCAGAUAGAAAAAGAUAAUUUGUUCAAUACAUAUAAAUGAUCCUUGAUGUGGGGAUUCACAAUGGGAAUUUGAUUUUUUAAUUCUCUUGUACAAGAGUUUGUACCUUCCAAUGACUGGUAAUUAAAUAAGAAUAUACAUUUUCUGCUUGUUCA